GGUCUAUUGAAGUCAGUAUCCCGGGAUAUCUGCGUGGGUAGCAGAGACGUAAGGGACCAUCAGACUGUGAUCAGCACUGGAUUUACUGGCUGUCAGAUGAGACCCAGCUCUAGAUUACCUAAUCCCUCAUCCGUUCCUUGUCCAAUUGGGAACCCGAUCACGUGUGUUGCAAGCUGCCCUGAACUUUCCCAGCCAGUAAGAACAAGUCCAUAGAAACAGAUCUGCCAAUAUGUCUCGGCAGACGUAUACAGUCACUUCUCUGAUGCUGAUGGUGAUCGUUGCCAGACUGGACGCUGCUUCUAUCCUCUUCCUUUUCUUUCCCGAGUACAGUCACAUCCGGGGCUGUCUGCCCGUGGCAGCAGAGCUGGCUGCACGAGGUCACGUGGUCUGGAAUGCUCUUCCGUCAUAUCUAGCCAAUCGGGAAGGUCUUCAAGUAUCGGGAGUCAAUAUACUGAAAUACAAAUCAGUGGAUGGGUAUGACAUUGAGGCGGAUAUAUUUGACAAGACUAUCACUGGGUUCUUUGAGCAAGAUAAAACGCCUCCCCUUUUUGAUGAAUUCAGGAAAAUAUGUGACAUGAUAUUACGUGACACGAAUCUGUUUCAUGCGAUUGAGAAACUGAAUUUGGAUUUGAUAGUAUUCGAUUCAACACCAUUACCAAGAAUGUUGACCAUUAUAGCUUACAAGCUUGAUGUACCAUUUAUUUUCUACGGUACCUUUUUUGAAGCCCAGGCUAGCCGCACCCCGUUGGUGCUAGCCAGUGAUCCAAGCCGUGGUAUAGCCGCUACAACGGUCAUGGACUUCGGACAUCGUAUGUUUAAUUUCAUUGUGCAUUCCAUGUAUUAUAUCAGUGACCCCUUCUCGUACCCCGACGCUGUGGGUAUAUACGCACCCGAGAUGCCUUAUGUCACCAUGGAAACACUCACCGCUAAUGGCUGGCUGUGGCUAAUUGUGAAGAACCUCUUCGAAUACCCGAAAGCAACUCUGCCAAGCGUGAAGUUCGUAGGUUCAACAUCAUCAGCUGAUAUCAAACCUUUACCUGAGCCAUAUAGGACGUUCGUGGAAGGAAAGAAAGAGCCAGUGAUCAUUGUAUCAUUCGGAAGCAAGGUUAGACUUUUCCCGGAUAAAACCUUUCGACUCCUGUUGGACGCAUUUACUCGGACAAAGUAUAACUAUGUUUUCAAAACAUCUAAAAAAAUUAACACUGCUCCGAAUAUUAUGUUAACUGACUGGAUGCCGCAGUCUGAUCUUCUCGCCCAUCCAAACACUAAAUUGUUUAUCACCCAUUGUGGGGCUUAUGGUCAGAACGAGGCUUUCUUGCAUGGUGUUCCCAUGAUUGGUUUUCCCAUGUUUGCUGAGCAGCCUUAUAAUGCCAAGAAGUUAGGGUAUUUUGGAUUCGGUAUGGCGAUGGAUUUGAAAACGUUUACUGUUGACGAUUUGGUAUUCAACAUCAAUGAAGUGAUCCAGAAUUCUUCCUACUCACGGAAAAUCAAGAAAGCUGCCGAAAUCACCAAGCUCCGGGAACGAAGUCCCAAAGAUGAAGCUGUUUACUGGAUAGAACAUGUGCUCAAAUAUGGCGGCGCCCAUCUGAGGUCGUAUUGUCAGGACAUGCCGUUGUAUCAGUAUUUGUGUCUGGAUGUCAUCGGGCUUGUCCUGCUCAUCCUCCAUGUGUGUGUUUUUCUUCUAUGGAAGUCGUGCAGCUUCUGUUACAGAACUAUUGUCCAUGGACCAAAAGAAAAACGUGAAUAA